GUCGACAUCGUACCGUAUUUCAUUGUCACGUCGCUUCUAAAGCUGGAGGAUGCCUCUUCGUAAUUACAGAUUAGACACCUUUGAAGUUAAUAGAACUGCAUGAAUUACGACAGCUUAUUCAAUCAUUGAAUUGCUGCAUCUAGUCGUAAGAGAGAUGGAUGAGAUUGAGAAAGAGAAUGUUAGCCUUUGGCUCUGUUUACCAGAGAGUCUUGUGGUCAACAUCUUCUCAUACCUAACCUCAUCUGAACUGCAAAGAGCUGGCUGCUCCUGCCGGACAUGGCUUAGGAUCAGCCACGAUGAGCUUCUUUGGAAGAAUUUGUUGUACAGAGAGUGGAAAAUAAAUAGAGAAAUACCUCUUCCCUCUGGACAUUCUUCUUAUUACCGGGAGUUCCGGAGACUACACUAUCGAGUUCCUGCAAAAUGCAUGCAGGUAUUGACCGAUCAUAAUGAUCAGGUUCUACAUGUCAGCUUCUCUCACAAUGGAAAACUAUUUGCUUCCUGCUCCAAAGAUGGGACCAUUAAGGUUUGGAAAAGUGGUCCACCAGCCAGUCUGAAGUAUUCACACAACAUGAAGGAACAGUUCAGAUGGCAGUUCACUCAGUUUUCUCAGUUUAACAGUAGUGAUACCUUGCUGCUUGUAUCAGGGGUUCACUUUGGUCCAAACAGUACCUCAGGAGAGAUUGCUGUAUUCAAUGUAAAAGAGGACUUUGCACUUCAAGCAAGAGUGCAGAACAAACCGUAUGAUAUCUUUGGAUGUUGGCUGAACAACUCCUACCUGUUGUCAGGCAACCUCCACUACCUGGGUCAGCUAUCAUCCUGCUCUGCACUCUGGUUGAACAAAGCAACACAGGAAGUGGACUCUGAGCAGGAAUCUGUGGUGAUGAGGUUGUUCAAAUUCCUGAACAUGAAUGCCAGUACUGUCAGAGGAAUCACUGUAGCAAAUUGUAGGAACCUGGGCAAGGGGAAGGAAUUACUGUUGAAGCAGUUGAAGCUGGAAAACAGCAAAGAGGCGAAGGAGGAGGGAGAUACGGGAAAGGUGAGCGAGGAGCAGAGUACUGCUAGUAGGAUUGUCAGCUCAAGUGAAAGUGAACCUGAUGUUAAAGUUAGUAGUGCCUAUGAAAGUGAUACGGAGCUGACAGCGAGUGAACCGGAUUUGGAUCAGAGAAAACACCAUCAUCAAGACAAGGGUGAUGUUAAGGAAAGAUCUGAAGCAGAGGAUGUUGCCGGGCCAAGUAAAGCUGAAGUAGACAUGCUGGACGAUUCCUUACAGCCUGAGAUGGAAGUGAAGGAAUCAACCUCAAGUGAUUUGAAAAAGUUAUCAAGACAAAGUGCUCAUUCAACCAAACACAAAUCUGUUAGUGAAGCACACUCUAGAACUCAUCCAUUAAAACGAGAAGCAAGUGACUCAUCUGUGACCCCACCUGGGUCAUUCCGUAAAAGUUUGCGUAAAGAUGGUGAGAGACAUAAUGCUGCAAAAACAAAACAGGCAGCUUCAGCUGAGCAACCAAUUGACACAGAGACAAGUCAUAGCAGACUGUGGUAUAGGGUACGCAACGCUGAAAUGAGGCGUGGUCGGCAGAAUGUCGACGAGGACCUGAUGAAGAUUUUGAUCUAUGGGGUGGAGCCAGAGUGUCCUGAAGACAUUCAGAGACUCCCUAGACAUUCUCCAGGAAGAAACAUUGGUGGUCCAUCUACAAGUCAUGGUGAUCCGCAUAGUCUAAGAACUGAAGAAGCCACUGGUGUUAGUUCACGCUGCAGUUCUACAGACACUGUCCUAUCUAGCACAGAUACUGAUUAUACCUCAUUAACCUUUGCAGGAGAAAGUGGCAGUGGAAGUGACAUUGUACGAGCCUGGGGUAAGAAGUUUACUUUUGGCAGCACAGAGAGUUUAGAUGAUGAAUCACUAGUCAAAUUAGCCUCAAAAGCAAAACUGAGUCAAAAGACACUCGAAAGACCUUCGACAUCAACUGGAGAGCAGGAGGCAGAAUUCACGAACAACCUAUCCAGUAGUAGCCAGUCUGACUCACAGGAGAUUGCUCAGAGAUCCAAGAUCAGGCGACGCAGGACGUUGCAGAAAGAGGACAGCCAGAACAAGCACCUGAUCUUCAUGAGAGGGGCUGUUGCGUACACACCUCACCAGAUAUGUAUUAAACACAUUGACUCCCAUAUGAUGGAUACAGUCAAAGGACCAUUGGGUGUUUCCAAACAACUUGAUGAUCAAAUAAGAUUGGGUGAGGUGGCCUUAGGACCGGUCGCAGGGGAUGAGAAUCAUCAGAAUCCUAGACCUCAGUUAGAGUUUGACAAGGUGGAUCAUGUCAUAGACUUGCAUGGACAGAUCCUAGGGCUUACUUUGUCUCCAGAUCAUAGGUUUCUGUGUGUGAAUUGCCGCUCCUGGCCCAAAGACUAUCAUGUAGCAGAUGCUUUAGCCCCGCCUCCUAUAGCACAGGAAAUAGAAGUACGCAUGUAUGACCUUUAUACCUUGAUGGAGGUCAAACGGUUCCGAGGUCAUCGGGCAUUUUCUCCCAAUGAUGAAUGUAACAUUAUAUUUCUUAGUGUCAGUGAUCUCUAUGUUGCUAGUGGAGCAGAAGACAGACAGGGUUAUAUAUGGGACAGACAUUACGGCAUUCUCUUAGCUCGUCUACCUCACACAGACAUGGUUAACUGUGUUUGCUUCAAUCCAUUUGAUUCAGAGAUGCUUAUAUCGGCCAGUGAUGAUCACACUCUCAAAUUAUGGUAUUCUAAGAACAGAGUUGAACAGAUGGGUGGUCUUUGAUGUAAAGCAUUCUAUUGCUCCUGUGGAGAGGUGUUGACCAUGUAGGUUUAAGAUAUUGUUAGUAGAAAAAAUAACUAAACCGAUGCACUAAAAGUCUUAAAAUUAUUGGGCAAGAACAAUUUUUUUCUAUCCAUGAAGUCUCCAUGGAUUGGCAGUGCAGUCAGAAGCAGUGAUGUUAUUUCCUUGUGAAUCGGGUACUCGUUAGCAUGCUUGUAAAAAAAAUUAUUUUGAAUAGAGACAAAUUUCUGUAAAAUUAUUAAACACAACACUGCUUUGCCUAUUUGAUUAUUACAGAUUUGAAAUGCUAAGUAUUUUUAACAGUCACCUUUUUAUAUUUCUUGUUUUCUUCUAGCAAAUCUUUCUUAAUUUCUGAUUUGUUAGGAAACGGCUCAUUUUAAACAGAGCUUGGCAAUUUAAUUGCUUCACUAGAAAUGAUGAUCAGAUUUUAUAUUGAAAUUUGUUUUUAGAGCAGGGACAUUUUAUGAAAUGUAUCUCAAAUUACAUGUCGCUGCCAUAAGCUUUUCAAAUCAUGGGAUUUGAUUAGCUGAAAGAAAUUUGCUAUCUGCUUUAUUUUAUGAAUAUGUUUUAAAGAAAAUGUCAGACUGAUUAUUUUCAUUUUAAUGAUGAGUAGAGCUGUUCAAGUUAGAAAAUACAUGCCCCAAGCAUUAUGCCUUUUUCUGCCUUUUUACUAGACCGCUGUACUGAAGAAUAUAUUUUAUAAUGGAUUUAUUGAGGAACUGAUAUUGUAAACAGAUUUUGUAACUAGCUGAGUUUGAUGUCUGUAAUCAGUGUAAAGAAAAACACAGUCAAGAAUCAAGAUAUGUUUGACUAAAUACUGCCAUUUGAUUAGAACAUUGAGAGUGCCAGCCCCCCUGGGGGCUGGGGCCCUGUUGCAUGGAGUAAUAGUGACUUUGCCAUCCAAAUGUAAAGCUAGCAAUGCUCAACAACCAAUCAAAGUCAAGGGCUCUGUGGAAGUUACAAUUGAAUCGCAGAGUUACCAUAAUAGUGGCACUGUAUUCUUGUGGACAAUAGGUGAAAGAUCAAGUCGCCACCUUCCACUUUUCUUGCUUGACCAAUAACAUUUUCCAUGUUACAGGUGGGCGUAUUAUGUGCUCGCCCCAGCGACACUCUUGUUGGAGAUAGAAUGUGUGCCUUACACUGAAAGGGAAAGUGCAAUUAUAUUUGUAAAUUGAAUGUCUAGCUCUACCUUUUGAAAUUUCAGUUCUAUUUUUGAGGGAAGACCAUUUCUCUAAUCUGAAUCAUGAAAUUUAAUUACCUGCAGCCUUGAUUUUAUGUUAAAGAAAAUUGUUAGUAUUAAACCAUCUCCUAAUGGUUACACAUUGAUGUCAGAAUAAGAAGCAAGUUAGAUAAAUUUGUACUUAGAAAGCUUAUUGGCUUUGAUAUAAUUAUGAAACUAUUAAAUGAUGUGAAUGUGUAAUUUUUUUUCUCUAUUUCAGGGAUAUCUCUUGUGAGAUAUAAGUAGUAAUUCCUACUUUUUUCAGAUCAUAGAAAACACAAGAGCCCUUGUGUCUUAUAAAACAUUUUUUUUACUAAAACAAACAAAACAAAUUCGGAUUAUUCUUUACCAGUUUUUUCCUGUGUUUAUAGCCAAUAGCAAAAAUUGUGCUAACCCGAGUCGUCAUUUUCACCAGAUUUGUGAAGGAUAAAUGUUAUAUGCAACAGGCCCCUUUUGUGUUAUAAAUGGUCCAUUUUAGAUGAUUUUCUUACAUUUGAAGAUCAAUAUUAAGAGGCAUCUCUGCCCUUUACAGUCCAAAUCUGAAGUUUCAAAUCAGCAUAUUACUUAUUAAAGGACAAGUCCACCCCAGCAAAUAGUUUAUUUGAAUAAAAGCAGAAAAAUCCAACAAGUAUAUCUCUCAAAAUAUCAUCAAAAUUGGAUGUAAAAUAAGAAAGUUAUGAAAUUUUAAAGGUUCACUUAAUUUCACAGAACAGUUAUAUGCACAUCCUGGUCGGUAUGCAUAUGAGGGAACUGAUGACACCACUCACUCACUAUUCCUUUUGUAUUUCAUUAUAAGAAAUAUUUCUAAUUUUUGCUUCAUUGUUAUAUGCAAAAAAAAUCAUUCCUCACUGAACAUUUGGAUUACCAUCGUUUUAUUUUAUGUGGUUCAGUCAAGUUGGUCAUUUUGUCAAAUGUGUAAAAAAAUGAAAUAUUGUAUAAUUCAAACAAUAAAAAACAAAAGAAAUAGUGAGGGACAUCAUCGACUCUCUCAUUAACAUAUCAUUGAGUUGUGCAUAUAGCCGUUUUGUGAAAAAUAAGCAAAACUUUAAAAUGUCAUAACUUUUUUAAUUUUACAUCCAAUUUCAAUGAAAUUUUCAGUGUUAUGCUUGUUUGAUUUCCUCUAUUAAACAUAUGUGAUUAAGAGAUUAUAGCAAGAUCAGCUGUUGUGAUAACAUACCAGUAUCUGGCCUAAUAGUUAUAACUGAUUCAAAUAAAUUUGUUCUACUCUUCACCUAGCAUCUAGUUUCAUGAAAAAUUCAUUGGCAAAGCCAUCAUUAGUGUCUCAGAUAUCAUGAGAUUCAAUACGAGAAGACUGCUCGAAAUUUGUUACGCACCCAUUAUGAUAA